AUGAAGCGCAGCAACCACUCCCUGCUGUGCAGCCUUUGGCUGCCCGUCGUGUCGGUGGUGAGAGACACCGAGUCCCAGCUCCUGCCCAGCGUGGGGACCGUGGUGACCUGCAAGGUUUGCAGCAUUAACUCCCGCUUUGCCAAGGUGCACAUCCUCCACGUCGGCUCCACGCCACUGAAGUCCACCUUCCGGGGGACCAUACGUCCACCUUCCGGGGGACCAUACGGGGCGCAGAUGGUGCCCAUCAGCUGGUGCGAGAUGCAGUGCCCGCAGACGCACACCAAGGACUUCCGGAAGGUGGCCCGCGUGCAGGCCGAGUUCCUGCAGACCUAG